AGUGUCAAAUCACCCCUUCAACUCAGUUUAUGUGCAAACUAACCCCUCAACUUAUUUUCAGUGACAAAUUAGCCCCUCUGUUAAGCCUUAGGGUCAUCAAUCCGUUAAGUUUUAACGUCAUCAACAAGUCUGAACCCCAAGAGACCCAAAACAACAAAUUAGUCCACCAACGCAAUAGAUCAUUCCACCAGCGCAAGUGAAUACUCCACACCACCUCCCCCAUUUUUUGUUUCAGUUUUGGUCGUCUCAGCACCUCCACCACCACUUGAUCCCCAUGGUAGUAGGCCUCUCCUUCGCUAUAACUGCUAUACCCAACCGCUAGUUCCACGCCUUGCAUCUCAUCACUAAACCUGUAGGUAUGCUUUCUCCCCUUCCUUACCACAGAAACAUGUUACGAACUUAGAAAAAUUUCAAAUUCGCUAUUUGUUUCAUAUUGGAGGAAAAGAAAUAGAAUCCCCAAAUUGAAACCAUCCCAGAGGAAAGAUUUGAUGAUGUGAAGGAUGCCCAGAUCUUGAUCCCAUCACAUUUGGUGGAGAAGCUGGCACGGAAAAGAUCGAAAGGUUUACUAUCUUGGUCGCCACCGUGAUGUCCAGUUUUGGCAUCACUUCCAUGGCCAUUAUGGCUAUUUACUAUAGGGUUUCGAGCAAAUGGAGGGUGGAAAGGGAGCUUCUACUUGAGAUAGAGGAUUUAGAAUAGGAGGAAGAUUGAUGGCUAUGGUAAUAGCUGGAUUAGUUGAUGAAAUUAUAGAUGGAAGAUGGAUCCAUCAGAGAAGUUGAUUCGAAGGAUUUGGCUGUCUGUUGAGAUUGUCUUGAUAGGCAUGGCUGGGCUAGAUCUAUGGUUUUCCUUGAUUGUUUGACUUGGAUUGUUUUUGCUGAGUGGGAAGUUCCUUGAAUAUGACAAUUUGUCCAUCAAAGCCUCCAACAACGCAUCCAUCUCAGCAAAAUCACCAAGUCAGACGCGAAAGAGGGGCCGAUGAACGGAAGGUUC